GCAGUUCUAACCAACCCAUCAAAAUGAAAUACUUCUUGGUCUUCCUGGUCGUUUGCGUGGCUCUGGCCGCCGCUUCACCUCAGUUCAUUGCUGCCUGGCCGGGAUACGCAGGCUUUGCUCCCGCUAGCAGGACUGUUGUUGCCGGACCCACAGUGGUGAACGAAGCUCCUGCCCGCUUCUUCGCUCCUGGUUAUCCAUUCUUCUAAGCCGGCACUCUCUCCCUCAAAUUUCAACCCUAGCAACUUGCACUUUGUCACACUUUGGCCCA